AUGGGCAGCAGAUUCGAGAAGUUCUCAGAACGGGCACGGCGGGUUUUGUCGCUGGCCCAGGAAGAGGCGCAACGGUUCAACCACAACUAUAUCGGGACUGAGCACAUCCUGCUUGGGCUUGUACGGGAGACCGAGGGCGUAGCCGCUCGAGUGCUGUCCGGCCUGAGCGUCGAUCUAACCAAGGUACGCUCGGCCGUAGAGUUCAUCAUCGGACGCGGAGAGCGCCCGGCACAGGGCGAGAUCGGUCUUACCCCCAGGGCCAAGAAGGUCGUGGAGUUGGCCGUUGACGAAGCCCGACGGAUGAACCACACCUAUAUCGGUACGGAGCACUUGUUAAUCGGCCUUUUGCGGGAAGGGGAAGGCGUCGCCGCUGGCGUGUUAGAAAGCCUGGGCGUCAACCUUGAGAAGGUCCGCGCCGAGACACACCGUAUCCUCAGCAACUCCGGCACCGGGAGUUCCACCAGCAGGAGUUCGACCACCCGUACUCCCACGCUGGACCAGUUGGGCGUUGAUUUGACUAACGCCGCCCUGGGCGGGAAGUUGGAUCCGGUUAUCGGGCGCGACACUGAAAUUGAACGCGUGACCCAGAUCCUGAGCCGCCGGACCAAGAACAACCCGGUCUUGGUGGGAGAGCCCGGCGUGGGCAAGACCGCCAUCGUGGAAGCGAUGGCCCAGCAAAUCUCCUCUGGCGACGUGCCGGAUACCCUGCAGGGCAAGCGUCUGGUCACGCUGGACAUGGGCGCCCUCGUAGCGGGCACCAAGUACCGAGGCGAGUUUGAAGAGCGGUUGAAGAAGGUCAUUGAAGAGAUCAAGACCUCCGGCAACUGCGUCCUGUUCAUUGACGAAAUUCACACCUUGGUGGGGGCCGGCGCCGCCGAAGGUGCGGUGGACGCGUCCAACAUCCUGAAGCCUUCCCUCGCUCGCGGUGAGAUCCAAUGCAUUGGCGCAACCACGCUGGACGACUACCGUAAGUACGUCGAGCGGGACCCGGCUCUUGAACGACGCCUGCAACCGGUGCGCGUCGAGGAACCGGACGCCGAGAUGACGGUGGACAUACUUCGUGGGGUGAAGAGCCAGUACGAGGACCACCACAACGUCGACAUCACCGAAGACGCGGUGCGGGCAGCGGCCACUCUGUCGACCCGGUACAUCCCCGACCGCUUCCUGCCAGACAAGGCUAUUGACCUGCUGGACGAAGCGGGGUCGCGGGUACGCCUGCGCGGCAGCCAUGCUCCGCAGGAAGUCAAGGACGCGAUGGAAGUCCUGGAUCGGGUCCGCAAAGAGAAGGACGACGCCAUCGCCUCGCAGCAGUACGAAGUCGCCGCCGAGUUGCGCGACCGCGAGCUCCACCUAUCCGAGAACGUGGGCGACAUGGAACGCGAGUGGAAAGCGGACCGGAGCAAGGAACGCACGCAGGUUACCGAGGAGGACAUCGCCGAGGUAGUCAGCAUGUGGACGGGCAUCCCGGUGACACGGCUGGCCCAGGAAGAAACCGACCGGUUGCUCCGGAUGGAAGAGGAACUGCACAAGCGGAUCAUCGGCCAGGACGAAGCCAUCGUGGGCAUCUCCAAGGCGGUGCGCCGUGCCCGGGCUGGUCUCAAGGAUCCGCGCCAUCCCAUUGGCGUGUUCCUGUUCCUCGGACCCACAGGUGUCGGGAAAACCGAGCUGGUACGCGCGAUGGCGGAAUUCAUGUUCGGGCACGAGGACAACAUGAUCCGGCUGGACAUGUCAGAAUUCCAGGAGCGGCACACCACAGCACGUCUGAUCGGCGCACCUCCGGGCUAUGUCGGCUAUGACGAGGGUGGGCAGCUCACCGAAGGCGUUCGUAAGAAGAAUUACUGCGCGAUCCUGCUGGACGAGAUCGAAAAGGCGCACCCGGAGAUUUUCAACAUCCUGCUCCAGAUCUUCGACGCCGGCCAGUUGACGGACGCCCGCGGUCGCCGCGUGGACUUCCGUAACUCGAUCAUCGUGAUGACCAGCAACUUGGGCUCCGACCUAAUCAAACGGGACACGUCACUGGGGUUCGCCACCAAAGCCGAUCAGGCGCAGUCGGACCACCAAGCGUACGAGCGGAUGAAAGACAAGGUGAUGGACGAAGUAAAGCGCUUCUUCCGCCCUGAGUUCCUGAACCGGUUGGACGCCACCAUAGUGUUCCACGCCCUCAGCAGGGAGGAAAUCCACCUGAUCGUGGACCUGAUGAUGAACAUGGUUCGCGACGAGCUGAAGGAACGGGAAAUCAGUGUCGAGCUCACCGAACCGGUACGGGAGUACCUGGGCGAAAACGGCUUCGAUCCGGUGCUGGGUGCACGACCGUUGCGCCGCCUGAUCCAGAACGAGGUCGAAGACCGGUUGUCUGAUGAAUUGCUCGGAGGCAAAUUCGAGCCAGGGGACACGGCGAUCGUCGACAUGGAUGAAGACGGCAAGGUCUGUAUCAAGGUGCGGAAGGCGGAAACAGCCGCCUUGCCCGUGGCCUGA